UCUAGGGACUUUGGUACGUCAACCUUCAGAAUCACCUUCUUGCCUUCAUUCUUAUAUGCCUGUGGCUUAAAUUAUUGAAUAUCUAGUUUGAAGCUACCACGCACCAGAUCGGAACAAGAAAAACAAUAAUAAAUUCGCUUAUUUACAAAAUAAUAAGAUGAGCCGCAAAGAAGCACUUUCUCAAUUUAUACAACAAAUUCAUGGCCGACCAGUAGUAGUAAAAUUAAAUAGUGGUGUUGAUUACAGAGGCGUCUUGGCAUGUCUUGAUGGGUACAUGAACAUCGCGCUUGAACAAACAGAAGAGUAUGUUAAUGGACAGUUAAAGAAUAAGUACGGCGAUGCCUUCAUUCGAGGAAAUAAUGUGCUGUACAUAAGCACACAGAAACGAAGGACAUGAAAUGUGAAAUUCCAAGUAUCUAAAACUGAUCAUAUAUAAUUAAGAUAACAAAAGAUAUAGAAGUAAAUAAUGGACUGUCAUAUUACAUUUCCUCAAAAUAAUAUUUAUUUGUAAUACAUGCUGUUCAUCUAUUUCUGUACCUAACCACAGACUUCUGCCAUUUCCGGUCAGAUCCGACAUGACGAAUGUAUAUUUUGGUUGUAUGGAAGUCAUUCCACAUCAAACAGUACAGUUUUGGGGCACAAUUAACAUUGAUAAUUUCAAACUUCACGAAAGGUUAUAAAUAUGUUGGCGUAGUUUCGAAGUGAUUCCUCUUAAUAUCAUUCCCAGUUACUCAUACUCCAAAAUUUCAAGAAAACGGUAAAAUAGUCGUGCACGGGGAAUUUCAAACAGUCGUAUUUCCGGACCGAUUCAUCAUACAGAGUCCAGAUGGAGCUCAUUUCAAAGCUAAUAAUAUUACCCUGAAGUGCAUGUAUACGAAUUACAUGAAUUUCACUUCUCUCGUGACGAAACUGUUUUUUCAUCAGUACAAUUAUUCGAAGGGAUUUUUCACCAUGAUCUGCAUUACCUAAAUCUCUGAAAAAAUACUAGUGUGUUCCUCAUUUGAUUUCCACUAAAACGUUAUGAAUGAAUUUUUGCAAAACAAUAUGGUGUA